AUGGACAGCUCACCUGUUUCAGCUGCGGCCGGCAGCCCACUCAACCCUCAAGCGAACGACUUCGUGCCUGUCGACGGCAACGACCAGGACAGCGCGUUUCAACCUCCAACGAAACCUCGAUCACGGUUCGCGAACUCACCGGCGGAUCAAAAAGGGUACUAUCGACCAUCGAAGAAGACACGUCGAGCUCCCAGCAAAAGUUUCAAACUGAAGCACGGCGGCAUGUCUGCGUUACCACCAGCCGAGUACAACCUUCAAGAGCUCCUCAUUCGCAACAAUCCACAGCUCAAAGGUACUGCCAAAGCUGACAAGUCGGUCCGCGGCCAUGAGACACCUGUAGCUUGGGAUAGCGUUGAGCAAGAUGGCGAAGAUUCGCUGUUGUCCGUCGACACAGAAGAAUCUAACAGUGGCGCAAACACCACCAUCGUGCCCGAUGCGUCAAGUGCAACCAGCAAUACCCCCCAGUAUGGCCAAGCUCUUGUCUGGAAAUCCGAGAGAGUCAAAGCUCAAGAAGAAUACCAGAGAGUUCGCAGUCGUGUCAAGCCAAUCGCACCAGAGAUGUUCAAGAAGCAAGCCUAUCCUAGUGGUCAGCCUGCCGGUGUCUUCCCUCAGAACACCACGGAGUGGAUGGAGUUCAAGUCGGAUGGCACCAGAGCUCGCCUAAAUGAAGUCACCCUGAGUCUCGACCAGAUGCAGGCACAGCUCAACGCCGCCAGCAACAUGAACAGAGACGGUAUUGGCAAGGAGAAGCGCGUCAUCUUACCAGCUUUUGGCAAUGGCCCAGGUCAGAAGAGUCUGGCCGAUGAGUUCAGCACGGUCCUGAGUCAACCCAGCAUCUGGUCUUCCAAUGCCGCUGAUGCGCCUCAGUCGGACUGGCCGAGUCAAGCUGAACUCCUCGAGCACGGCGACCAACGUGGAUAUGAUCAAUUCGGCAAUCGCGUCAACCGUUCUCUGCCUCCACCACGCGUCCCAGCUACUCACUCCGAGAUGUCCUUUCAGGAGCAGAACUUUGUGCGUGCCCAUCCGUUGGAUCAGGUCGGCCCUUAUUAUUACAACCAAGAGGGCAGACUCGCCAAUCCACACCCAGAUGCAGUCGAGGAAGCCAACGACAAGAUGAACAACGAUCCCAUAUUCGAAGCCAAUGCCAUGCACUUCUUAGGUAGUGCGUUGAUGGACGAGAUUGGUCGUUACAAGCGACCUAAGGUGCCUGAUUGGCAGGAGAAGGAGCGUCGUCAGAAGGCUGAGCUAUACUCUACUGCGUACGGCGCAAACUUUGGCCCUCGUCCAGGUGUCUUCGAUAGCAUUGAGGCAAUGACUGAACAGGAGACCCGCGUCCGCCGACACGCUGCUGCCAACGGUGUUCCUGCAUUGCUGUCGUGGCGCUAUCACGGACCAGACAUUUUCGAUCCGAAUGUUUCCGUCUUCGUGGAACCAGACGGUACGAUGAAGCGCUACGAUCAUCUCGUUGGCUGGGUUGAUCCAUAUCCGGGCCGCAAGUGA